AUGCAUGAGGUGAGCGUAAGCCCUAUCGAGUUUGAUCCUGUCAUGGGCUGCUGUUCGCCCUCCGACGAAGUCAUACAAGAGAUCCAAGAUCGGAAAGAUAUCCAAACAGCGCGUGGCAUCGCGGCGAGAAAGUACAUUGCAGCUCACAAGGCCGGCGGCGUUCAAUACAGCAAUAGAGACGAGCAUAUGUUGUUCGGGGUGCAGGGUGAGCGAGGUGUGCAUUCGGCUUCGACAGUGGACGAUGGAGGUGAUGGAGGCGGUCAUGGAAUGGGAGGUGAUGGGGGUGGCGGAGGAGGAGGUGAUGGAGGAGGUGGUGGCGGCGGCGGCUCAGGAGGGGAUUGA